AUGCCGUGCGUGCGUCUCCAGGUCGAAGAUGAGGACGAACCAGACUAUGCUGGUGACGUGGUUGAGAUCCUCAACUCAGCCCUCCCGCCAGACGGCCCAACGUCGCCAAGAAAAGCCGCCCAGCUCCUAGACUCGAUCUGCAGUCGCAAGUACGCAGAUGGCUUCCUCUGGUGGUUCUGGGACCUCAUCCAUGACCUGGACCUGCCGCCCAAGACGUUCAACUUGGGAGAAACCCGGGGCCUCGGCAGUGACAGCCAAACAGAGCUAUGGACGACCUUGACCAUGUUUGCCAAUACGUUCCGCGAGAAGCUCGAUGACGAUGACUCGAGGGCUCCCGGAGAAGAGCAAAGGAAAGCACGAUACGUUAAUCUCCAGGUCUACGGAGCUAGGGUUACGGGCCUUUGCCGCCUCCCCUUCGAGGUAUAUGCAAUCUGGUCUCUCGUCGAUACGCUAGAAGGCACUAUAACGACUAUUUGA